AUGACUACUCAGAGUGCCAUUAUCGUUCAAGAACCAGGCCGCGCGAUACUGAAUCAAGAUGUCCCGCUCCCUGAGCUCCCUGACGAUUUUAUUCUAAUCAAAACAAAAGCUGUGGCUUUGAAUCCCACAGAUUGGCGUCAUAUUGACUUUGUGUCAUGUAAUGGGGCGAUUGUGGGCUGCGACUAUGCUGGAAUAGUAGAAGCUGUUGGUCCACAGGUUAAAAAGGCCUUCAAGAAAGACGAUCGCGUGGCCGGAUUCGUUCAUGGCAGCAAUGCAGUGCGUCCCAACGGCGGGGCAUUUGCCGAAUAUGUGAUUGCCAAGGGCGAUAUUCAGAUUCACAUCCCAGAGUCUAUGAGUUUUGAGGCCGCUGCUACCUUCGGCGUUGGUUUGACAACCGUUGGUCAGAACCUCUAUCAGAUCAUGGAGUUGCCCUUCCCUGGAGAGAAUUCGGACGAGUUAGAGGGCGCCAAUAUUUUAAUUUACGGAGGCGCAACGGCCACCGGUACUCUUGCUAUUCAGUUAGCAAAGCUUUCCGGACUACGAGUGGUUACGACAUGCUCCGAAGCCAACCGCGGGCUGAUGUUCGAGUUGGGGGCAGAUGCUGUCUUCGAUUACCAUGAUUCCCAGGUUGGUGAUCAAAUCAGGGAGGAUACUGAUGAUGCCCUGGAGUUUGUUCUCGACACAAUUUCUACUCCCCAAUCAGCCGCUAUCUGCAGCGCUGCCAUCUCUUCCGCAGGAGGCUGCUACAAUGCUUUGCUUGAUGUUCGAUCAGCGCGAGAUGAUGUUGACUCACAUGUCUCAAUGGCUUACGAUGUGUUGGGAGAAUCCUAUCGCAUGGGAGCACAGGACGUAUCACCAGAUGCCAGCAACUUUGAAUUCGGAAUUAAGUGGUGGGCUACAGCGCAGAAGCUUCUUGAAGAGCGCCGCAUUCUUCCUCAUCCGUAUCAGGUGAAGUCAGGAGGCUUGACUGGAGCUUUGAGUGGUCUUCAGAUGCUACGUGAAGGCAAAGUUCGCGCAUCAAAGCUGGUUUAUCUGCUAAAUUAA